AUGGCUAUAAUUCAAGGGUUGAAUGGCUUGGUGGUUAUGAUCUUGGUCUUCGAUGGGACGGGGUACAAGUUCACGAAAGAGUGCACCUACUCUAAUGGGUCGCCAGCCGGCGUUGUGACAAAGUACAUCCAAGCUAAAUCCAACCAGCAAUUCGCGAUCAGAUGGUGCUUCACGAGGGACAUAUUCCCGUUCAAGGAUGAACACAUCAUGAGUUCGGUUUAUCUGGACGGACAGCUCGUCGACACAUUGGCGUUUGAUUCGUCGUUGUUGCAGAGCCAGGGACGCUACAGGUACAUGCUUGACGGAGCUCGCAUCAACAAGAACGGGAAGUCUUACCAGCUUCCGUUCUCGUUCGCCAAGCUAGAGAUAGUCGAAGACAACGGUGCGAUUAACGACACUGGCCUCGAGAAGCAAGCUAGUGCGAUUGGCGAGAUCACGGUGCGUUGCUGGAGGGUAGAGAAGGUUGGCGAAAUGAAGGCCGAGAAGACGCACAACAGGAUAACGUCGUUCAAGGCUCUGGACACUGUGCCAUUACAGGCUCUGAAGAGUCAGGCCAUCUCACACCAGGCAUGCCUAGGUGAUGCGCAACCCAUAGCCAACCUCGACCCUGGAUGGGAGAUCCGUUGGAUCGACCCUGUGCAUGCGCCAUUUGCAGAGUUCAACUUUCGCUACAGGUCUCUGUCUGAGCCGGAAGGAACUAGCCUAGAGGGCAAGACAGCCCUCAACGAACUGCGUACCAAGCCGAGAAAGAACAGGCGGAAGAAGCAGAGGGCGACAGCGUACAGACGACAGGCAAGUAACGAGACCGAAGCGGAUGUCAAGGAGCAGGAAGGUGGUGACGAUGACGACGGCGGUCAAAGGGAGCGCAAGCGGCGCAAGCUGCAGAUUGGUCCAUGGGAGGAAGUCGAGGCACAGACUGUCGAGAGGCUUGAUUUGACUGGAGAGUAG